AUGGCUCGUCGUUAUGAUAGUAGAACGACGAUUUUCUCACCAGAGGGUCGCCUCUACCAGGUCGAAUACGCUAUGGAGGCUAUUAGCCACGCGGGAACUUGCCUCGGAAUUUUAGCUUCCGAUGGAAUUGUCGUUGCCGCGGAAAAGCGCAAUGUGCAUAAGCUUCUCGAUGAUUCUGUGCUCACUGAGAAAAUUUAUCGUCUUUCCGACAAUAUCUCGUGUACCGUGGCUGGAAUUACUGCUGACGCCAACAUUCUGAUUAAUCAUCUUCGUUGGUGGGCGGCGAACUACAAAAAUGAUUUUGGGGAGGAGAUGCCAGUUGAGCAGCUCGUUCAGACGCUCUGCAAUGAAAAACAGAGAUAUACACAAAUUGGUGGAAAACGCCCGUUCGGAGUAUCGUUGUUGUACGUUGGAUGGGACAAACACUACGGUUUCCAGCUCUAUCAAUCGGAUCCAUCUGGAAACUACACGGGAUGGAAGGCAACUUGUAUUGGAAACAACCAUCAGGCUGCUGUUUCUCUAUUGAAACAGGAAUACAAGUCACCGGACUUGGAAGAAGCAAAAAAAUUGGCUAUUAAAGUUCUCUGGAAGACUCUUGACGUGAAAUUGGCGUCUGAAAAAGUCGAGAUGGCUGUUUUGAAGCGAGUCGAUGGAAAGACUGUGUUGGAGGAGCUCUCCACCAAAGAGGUCGAUCAACUCAUCGCCGAGCACGAGAAGAAGGAGAAAGAGGCCGAGACUACCGCGAAAAAAUAA